AAACAAAGAAAGACGCGUCACGUUGGAUCCACGAUCUUUUGAGUGGCGCUUUGGGCUUCGCUUCGGGAGGUUCCUGGGAACCCAUCACAGCCGCUGCUGUCUGUCGCUCCUGUUGCACCAGUCUCUUCCGGCUCAAUCAUCUGUCUUCUCAACAAUAGCAUAGGCAUAGAAGGAGUGGUGACCAUGAUUGCGGCAACGUCUACAUCCAAGCUCACGACGGCUGCACGAUCUAGUGCAGUCCGUGCCUUGUCUACCAGCAGUGCUUCCCUCAAAGCCGGUGGUGCCGCUCCCACUAGCGCCGCCAAGGAACGCAUCAAGUACUUUAAGGUCUACCGAUAUGACCCAGAGCACAACCAGGCUCCCUACUUGAGUACCUUCCCCGUCGAUUUGAACGAAUGUGGUCCCAUGGUGUUGGAUGCCUUGAUUAAAAUCAAAAAUGAACAGGAUCCCACCUUGACAUUUCGUCGUUCCUGUCGCGAAGGCAUUUGUGGAUCUUGUGCCAUGAACAUUGACGGAUCCAACACACUGGCCUGUUUGUCGUAUAUUGAUCAGGAUAGUCCCAACAAGGCGUCCAAAAUUUACCCCCUCCCUCACAUGUACGUCGUCAAGGAUUUGGUACCCGACAUGGCCAACUUUUACGAACAGUACCGUUCCAUUGAACCCUGGUUGCAGUCCGAUCAGCCCAAGGAAGACGGCAAGGAACACUUGCAAACCAUUGAAGAUAGGGCCAAACUAGACGGCAUGUACGAAUGCAUCUUGUGUGCCUGCUGCUCCACUUCUUGCCCCAGCUAUUGGUGGAAUGCCGACAAGUACCUGGGACCUGCCGUUCUCAUGCAAGCCUAUCGAUGGAUUCAGGAUUCUCGUGAUAGCAAGACCAAGGAACGAUUGAACGAUCUGGACGAUGCCUUUAAAUUGUACCGCUGUCAUACCAUCAUGAACUGUACCAAGGUCUGCCCCAAGCAUUUGAACCCAGGAAAGGCCAUUGCCCAAAUCAAGAAAAAGUUGGCGCAUUAGUUAUAAUUGCAGGGAGGUAACAUUAUUCCUUUGGAAGUCGAGAGCAAUUGGUAGAACAGUCGACAAUUGAACAAAUAAGAAGCGACUGGAUUCAAAAGUAUGUGGACAUUGAUCUUGUCGAACGGGCUUGAUGGAAUGGAACGACAAGGUGAUUUGAUUCGUAGCGAUAAACGAUACUCAGUAGUAGAUAAACAAAACAACUCAAGCAAGACGAACACCGAGCCUCCAGAGUACAUCUAUCUAGCUAGCUGACUUUGAAACAGUGUCCUCUUCUGCCUACGGCGGUG